UAUAAUUUUUGGCAUUUAAUAUUGCAUAUUUUAGGUUCUUUAGUGUAUUAAAUCCAAAGCCCUAAUAAUAAUAUGCCUACGGCGGUUGCUCUAUGAAUAAUAAUAAUAAUUAUGUGCCUACGGCGGUUAGGACCGUCGGCCUCUGCACGACAAUGAAACAAAUAUGGUCGACCAAUCCUCAAGCGGGACUGUGUACGAUGGCGGAUUUCAUACGACUGCACAGGGGAUGUGAUUAGUACAACAACUAAUACGAAAAUUAUCGCAGACCCCGAGUGCAUGCGACCCCGCUGAACAACAGUGCCGAAAGAAGAGAGACGGGUCUACGACGGAUGACGAUGACACACGAAUGAAAACCACGUCGUUCACAACGGCCGUUGCCAAGUGACUGCCCUGGUGGCUUAGGAGUGAAAGCAAUGGGAUCGCUGGGAACGACACUUAGCGGACGGCCGACGAGAAGGACACGAAAACCGAAAACUUGGUUUCAACGAGAUGGCCGCCGAUCCACGAAAACGGACGUGUUGACGCGAAAGCGGACAAGACGAUAAGAACGACGGGGCCGAGGGCAUUCAUCACGAGAGCUACGACCGUGUCGACGGUAAAACGUCUCAGCGCCAUCACGCCGAAAGCGUAACGCGAGAACUUCGCGACAAUUUGUGGCACCGGGUGCACGACUUGCGAAUCCGGCGAAACGUAAAAACUGGAAAACACGGAACAACGGAACACGUCUACGCGCGAUAACGACAACGCGGUUACGUACCCGCAUUGAACUAUAUGAUAACUAUAUUAUCAUAUAGUUCAAUGUAUGCAACCCGGCUAUGGAUUUGCUUUGAUCAAAGGAUCUAUUGUGGUACAUGGAACAUUAAUGAACAAAAGAUUAGAAACUAAGAUAAUUCCUGGUAAUAACAAUGUGUUAAAAUUUGCCUCUGAAAUUGUAUGGAGUAUGGAUAAUACUACUCUAAAAGAAUUAAAAAUGUCCAAUGCAUCAAUAAGAAUAGAUUGCUAUAAUAUACCUAAUAAUAAAUUUAAUGCAAAUAUAAGACUUGGUUAUCUUAUGUUAAAAGUGAAAGAAGCACAAACUAUGAAUCCAACAUCAAAUGAUCGUAUAGAAGUAAAAUCUUAUAAAUUAUUGGGAUCAAAAAAUUGUAGUUAUAAUCUUAAAAUGUCUUUGUAUAUUGAAGAUUUCAAUGUUAAAGAUGUUGAAGCUUUGUCUAAAAACAAUCAAAACUUGAAAAUAACAGAAAAUAAUUGUAUAAAUGAUUAUAAUAAUUAUCCAAAAAAAGAUGAAAAAAAUAAGUUUAUUAAAGAAAAUAUUGAAAUCAAUUUACAAAAUGAUGAUGUUAAUAAAUCAGAAAACAUUGAAAUUGAUAUAAAAAAUUCUGAUAUUAGUACAUCAGAACUAAUAGAAAAUUUUCGAGAAAAAAAUGAACCACCAAAUGUAUUCAAUUUUGACAUGCAAGAAAAGUUAAAAAAAAAAAGAAAUGAAGAAUUAGAACAUUGGAAAAAGGAACAAAUGAUUUUAUUUAAUGAAAAUUUGAAAAUUAAAGAAGAAGAACUUUUUAAACAAUUUAAUAAUAAAUGGUUAGAAGAAAGAAAACAUAUUGAAGAAGAACUUACUCAAGCGGUAUCAACAUGUAAAGCAUUAACUGAAAACGUAGAUGUAUUAGCUGAUAUGGUUGUAGAAAAAGACGCAAUUGUUACAGCUAAAGAACUUGAAUUUUCUAAUCAUAGAGAGAGUAUGGAUAAUAAAUAUAUUAGUUUAGUGCAAAAAUGUCAGUCUUCGAAUGCACAAAUUAUUAAUGAACUCAGUGAUAAAAAUACUCAAUUGGAAACUAGAUUGCAUGAUCUAGAAAAAACUAAUAUUUUAUUAAGAAAUGAAAAUGAACAGCUAAAAGAAUAUAUUAAUUUAACUUGUGAUUUACGAGUAAAACAUUUAGAAAAAACUAUUUCAAAUUUAGAGAAUAAAUAUGAAGAAGCUAAUAAGUCUUGUAUGCUUUUCAAAGAACGAUGGAUUGCAUCGGUUAGAAAAAUCAAUCAAAUGUACACAAAACUUCAUGACAUAAAAACCAAUGAACAUUUAGUAAAUAAUAAACAAAAUAUAAAAAAUAUUUUAUCGAACAAUUUAGUGGAACAAAAACAAGAUGAAGAAAAAUUAAAAACACUUUUAAUUGAUUUACGUAAAUUACGACAAGAUAUGAUGAACUCUAAUUAUUUGGAUCUAUUACCAAUAUCCAAAUAAUUUCAUUGAAAUAUAAUUAGUAUUUAUUUCAA